CACGAUAGUUAUACAUUCACGCUCAACCGCUCUAUUUGGAUGUCUGACCCUGCGUUGUGGACACCUCCGGACUCACCGGAGUUUAAAGGAACAGGUGCUAUAUUUUCUGAAGAAUUAGACAUAGACCUAUUGUCUGGAGUAGACUUUGAUAUACAACAAUCAUUACCGUUUCUAGGUUUAUGUUGUGAUACAGUGAAUCCAAUAAUGUUUUUGUCAAAAUUUGAAAGAAUGCCAGUUGUUCUUCAUUGGACUGAUCCACAACAGAUUUUAUGCUUACUGAGAAACAGAGUAGUCUUACUGAGCGAACCCCCCCUUGAGUCUCAUUGGGAUUCUGCAGUUCUUAGGAACGAUAUUUCAUUCCUUCUAUUGUCGAUGUACUCCUCCAUAAUGGAACAAGAGAUUGAAAAGCAUACAGUGGUACAAUUGGUGAGCUGCAUCCGCUCCAUCUUGGGUUUUCUUGGACCAUUUGCAAAUUUCCUGAAAACAAAAGCAAACAAAAAUCUCAUGCACUCUCAUCUCGAAAUAUGGCUAACAGUACUAAAACUCUUUAAUUUCCUUUGCUGCAAAGCAGAUUAUCUGGCAAUUAUAAAUGAGACACUGGGGUUAAAGCCGCACAGUUCUGUAAACGCGUGCGGUUACUUUUUGGAUAUUGUGUUGGAGAAUUUAAUACUUUAUUCAGGAUUGAAUAACUCGCAUAGGUGCUCUUGUGAUACAUUGUUAUGGAUUCUCAUGAUCGACUUCGUUGGAAAGACUCAGAAAAACUGGUUCAAAUUUCUCCACGGGAAAAUGCUAAAAUUAAACACUCAGCAGAAAGCGGAAGUGUCUGAAUUCAAUACUUUAGAAUGUAUCCGUCCAGAUUUCAAGUCCUACUUUCAGUCCUCCAGUUUAGAUAUUCCCCACCAACCCCUCACUGUGUGGUCUUUGUAUUGGAAUGUACUUGCAUACACUACUCCCAUACACAGUUUAUAUGCAGACUAUACAAAUCAGUCUAAGAUUGAGUUUGGGGCAUUACAAAAUUAUUCCAUCGUAAUCUGGUUGAUUCGUCAACAGUUCUUAGGAGAGGCUACUCCUACCGAUAGAGAAGUUCAUAUCUGCCUUACAAGUUUACUUCGCUUAUCUGAAACACGUGGAAUAAAUUUAGAAGUAGUCCGAUCUUUAUGGUUGUAUUUCAAAAGUCAGCUAAACACUGGAUUUGAUAUUUCAAAUUCAUCUUCAGGUUUGCCUACGCCUUGUAUGAGUUUCAGAUCUUGGUACAAUAAAGUGAAACCAGUUAGUGAAGUUAGGCAAAAUUUUUCUAUGUUUUGUGAACUGCUUCGAAGACUAUCUUCAUCGGACACUGAAGAGUUGUGUACAGUCUUAAGAAUUCCAUUGUUGUCACUGACUAAGCAAAGUAUUUCUUACUAUUUUUUUAUAUGGGUCAAUUUGGUCGAAAAAGCCCUGGAUAUAUUAUUAAUGAGUUCAGACAUGGAUGAUAAUAAAACAUGUUUAUUAUCCCUAGUUAACAAUAUUGUUGAAAUAUCUUCCUCGUUAUCGGAAUCAGCUAAUGUUGCCCAAACAUUAUCACAUAAUUGGGACCCGAAUCGUGGUUGUAUUCUGCUUCAAUGUUUGCAAUAUCUAUUAGUUAUGUUUACAGAAUAUGCAUGCAUGCAUUCCGAAUUUAAUAUUAAUUUCCUGUGUUUGUUUCCAGUUGUUGAGAAAAUUAAUAGUGUUAUAAUUCCAUUACGUCGUAGUCUGUCUCCGUCGUACGAGAUUCUUUCUACGGAAUCAGAAUUUGUUUUAACACAGCGUCCGGUAGCAUUUAGUCGAUUAUUUACCUCGAGUUGUAUUAGUGACUUCACAUCAAUCUCAACCCAGUUUCUCGUCGAUCUGGCUUCGAAUCACUUCACUCAUAUUUCAUUACCUUCAAAUCACAUUUUUUUUAUUGUACAGUGUAUUGAUUCAUCAUAUUUUGAGUCAGUUGGCUGGCCUUUUGAUAUGAAUUGGAAUAAGUCCGUCCUGAAAUUACUUGAAGUUGUAUACUUGUCACCUUACUCGGAAUUGGACUUAAAAGUGUUCAUUUUCAUUUGGAGCUCUGUUUAUCCUGCGUUUAAGAAGGCUAUUUCACGGCAGAAUACCAAAUCUACUCAUAUACCCGUUAAUCUAUUAUCACUCCUAUCGGAAAUUGCAUUAUACUUUCUUCGUUUAUCCACUGUUUGUAUUUCGUACAGAAGUGAGCGUAAAGUGACACUCCGGCUCCCUGAUCCCGCUGAAUUAUUUGAUUUGAUUACAAUGAAUCCUUCUAUAGAUUUCUCGUUUCAUUUUACUAUUUUGGAAUCAUUUUAUGGUACAUCCAGUACAAUUAAAGAAUUAUUUACUAUUCUUAAAUCAAGUGAAAAGGAAACUUCUACAAUUGCCUGGUUAUUUUUUGUCAGUUUGCUAACAUACUGUUUGCUGGUUAGAAAUGUGAAUUCAUUUUCUUCAGAAAGUCACGAUGAUUUCGUCUUUCCGUCUUUUAUUGGUGAAAUUCGAGCUUUUUUGCCAGUGCAUUCAACCACUUCAACAAUCUCAAAUUUAGAUGCUGAAACCAUUUUAAUUAAUAUAGCUACUUAUUUUGAUGAACUCGCUACAUUUCAAGCUCGAAUGUUAUUCAAAUCUAUAUUUGUUGAAUAUAUUGGUCGAUUAAAUGAGUUUAUUUGUAUAUGUUGCUCCGUAUCCAGUUCUGCACAGGAAAGUGGUUUCGGUUUGUGGCUCACUACACACAGUAGUUUCCUAAAACCAGAGCAUUUAUGUGUCAGCGGUUACCGGGCUGCAGGAAUGUUAAUUCGUCACUGUUCAAUGCUUCUUUAUGCUCCAGUCACUACCGAAGGCUCAGCAUCAAGUUUCGAGAACCUAGUGAAUCACUUUUUCCUUCCAAGACAAUUGUACGAAACGCAGGAUUCUAAAAAAGUUUCCAUAUUCAAAGAAUCCGAUAUAUUUCCGUAUUAUGUUAUGGAGUCCAUGCAAGAGCAGCUACCUGAAUUUGCACGCGGAAUCGCCCAAUUAAAUUGGCGAAGUGAUCCUUAUCUAUGUCGUAUAAUAAAAGACAUUGUCAAAAUACAUUACAAACACCUUGGACCUGAAGCUGUUGCUUCAGUGGUACUUAAUAGUCCUACGCUGGAUUUUCGGACUCAUAUUUUGCAGUCUGCUACUUAUGAUCAAAUUACUUAUCUGAUUGAAAGUAAAGCGUUGCCCGUUUCUGAUUGUGAACGAAUCAGUUAUCAGCAUAACAUUCUGUCCAAGUGGGUGAAUUUCGCAUAUUUAAUAUUCUCUAGUACACAUUCAAAUAGUAGUUACCAGAGUGACGCUCCAUUUUUAGUUUGCCCCAUUCUGUUCUCACAUGCUCUGAAAAAUCUAACUAGCGCAUUAAAUGCUGACAGUCGCAAACAGAGUAUACAAAUUCUUAAAAUGUAUAAAGAAGCGGUCGUAUCGGUAACUUGCAAGGAAACAAGAUCUCGCAUCCUCGAGCUUUGUAAUAGCCUGGAUAAGAAAACUAUGGAUCCUUCGUGCAAUCUUGUCACGUAUUUUGGUCUAAAAUAGUAUUUCUUCUAGCCCGUACACUUGCCUGAGAGUCGAAUAUAUAUCACCUCACUCACAAAUGCUGCUGAUUUCCAGUCAGAUUUUUGUGCGCGAUUCGCAUCACCAUUUGUACGGAAAUUACAAAUUUAGUUUGUGUGGUAUUUCUUCGAAACUGGCGUUCUUUUUGUUAUGAUGGCCUUGUUAUUAUGGUAUUUUUCAAAAUGAUUUUAUUGUCUCAUUAUUCAGUUUCCAAACCCGUAGUUGUUACAUCGAUGCUUUUUUCAAAAAGAAUAGAGCUCUAGUCCAUUCUCUGAAA